GGAAAAUGAGUUAUCAAUAGCAAAGUAAGAAAUAAGUGCAAGUGUGGUGUUUUCGGGAUACGGAUCCAGAAGUGGUAGCGGAAUAAAAAAGCAUAGUGUACUUGAUAAAGAUUUUUCCAACGCACCGAGUAUCGCUCCCGCCGCCAUCGAGUCGCGUCCGAAGCAAGAAUCGAAAGCAGUUUGCUUUUGACCGCAGUUCCGACGAGACGUGGUAGUAACAUUCUUGCGGGUGGUUAUUUACGGGCGCACACGCGAUUGUUUUUUUUCUGCAUGACUCACGGCGGAACCGGCACAAUCAAAUCUAUCGGGAUAGGUCACGGAAAGCGGCAUGGUGCGACCGUUUAACAUCUCAGCCGCAAACGGUGGCGAUCAGGUCGUCGCCACGAUGCCGCACCCCACGGCACCGCCCCUGGUGCAGAUCAACCAGGAGGGAGACGAUUUCAACAACCCAGACGUUUAUGUGGACUUUCUGAUCUUGGGAAAUAAGGAAAACUAUUGCGUGAGGGCGGAGAAGAAACCGUUACUAGAUUCGAACACUCAGCUGUCGCAUAUCGUCAACGGGACGGUGUCGACGGCCGUUGUCGAUGGAAAGUACGUGGUACGGGAUGUGGAUAAGGAUAAUUUCGAAAUUUUUGUCAGAUACCUCGAGACCAAGUUCGUCAAAUUCCACUCCGCCUCGCACAUGUUGCAGAUUCUCGAACUGGCCUCACGAUUCCAAUGCCGACAACUAGAGAUCCACUGCGUCAAGGAACUCGAUCUCAACCUUUCGGUAGCGCAUGUACUGGAGGUGUUUCGUGCUCUCUGGUAUUACAACUCCGUUUCGGUGUCCGCCACCAUAACUGCACUUCAGCAAAAGAAGAAACGACGCACUAAAAAGAAUGAUAAACCGGAAACGCCCCUCACACCGGAAGAGUAUUUCGCGGCACUGCUCAACAAUUGUCUUCAGCUGAUCGACAUGCAGACGGAAGAAGUUUUUGCUCAAGAAGCGAUGCUGGCACUGAGAUUCGAGGAACUUGAGAUGAUCGUAAAACGCGAUACACUUCAAAUGACGUCAGAAAUGGUUUUGCUUGAUCUACUAGCCAAGUGGAGCCGUGAAGAGUGUAUCCGAAAGAAUCUCGAAAUAUCGGCAGAAAACCGACGGCGUGUACUUGGAGCCCUCUGUUAUACACCGCGUUAUCUUACCAUGACAAGGAAGGAGUUCGAAAGCGCCAAGGAUCGCAUCGAACUGUUGGAUCCCGUUGAGUCCAAACUGGUCGCUGAGGUGUUGCACGGUAAGAAGGUGAACACGUUGACUGCAGAGCAGCAGUCGAUGGUGGCCAACUUCCGCCAACACAGGUCCGCUUUUGCACCGAUGCCUAUUCAGCUUAGUGCCAGGAGUAACCCGAAGAACUAUCCAAAGAAGAUGCGCAAAGCGGCCGACGAAGCCCACGCCAUCAAACGUAGUUGCUGUGAUCGAGUGAUACUUACCUUCGUGUCGAUAUUUGCCUGCAUUUUCGAUUAGCCAGUCUGGCUCUAAGUAUUUUGUGGUAUGCCUCGUGGAAGGUGCAAUCUCAGCAGAAGCGAACCAAUUGUCCCAUAUAUAAAGGAAAUCCCAUAGGACGUGGGACAGUUAUGCGUAGAACGGCAGUGUGAAGUGUGUACAAGUGGUGGGAUUGCCUCAGCAGAACAGUUUUAUAGUGUUCAGAAACAAUAGUUUUGUUUUUAAGCUUGUAACUUGAUAGCCGUCAUAAUUCAUCCACGGGAUUUUUCUUUCCUAGUAUCAACAUAUGUUUAUUUAUAGAAACGUUCGAAACUAAUUCUAAAUCAUUUGAACGAAAAACUAACAUCUGUUAUUUGUUGUGAAACAUUUUAGAAUGAUUGUUAUCAAUAGUAAUUGUAUUAAAUACAGUCUUAUUUGAUUCUAUUCGUUUGUUGAACGGCGGGUACAAACACUACUAUUACGAUGGGCCAUCUUUUGUUCAGAGAUUGUAUUAGAUUUCAGGGCUAAAGAUUGCAGGAAGUUUGAAUGAAACGAAGUUUUACAGUUGAGUUCUAGUGUGCCGUACUGCCUCCAUUAUAUUAUCAGUCAAUUAAUCAAUAAUGUAGUAUUACUCCUCACUUUUGUGUUGGAUAACUUAAUUGCCCAUACUCGCAUAUCAGUUCUAUAUGGAUGUUCAUCAGUUUUCUGUUAGUUUGACAAAUGAACAAGAUUACAAUGAUCCAACGGAUACAUUUAGGCCUAGCACUACAAUUAAAACUAACAGUUUAUAACACUAUAUCAACUAGUUAUAGUGUUAUAAACUUAGCUUCAACUGUUAGUUUUAAUUGUAGUGUUAGGCCCAAAUGUAUCUGUUGGAUCAUUGUAAUCUGUUGAUACAAAUGAUGAGGAGGUUUUAUGCCUGCUGGAGAGAGAGAUUGCCAAAUUUCAUCUCCACCGGGCUUUUCACUGCUCCAAAUGAAUAAAUAAAUAAAUAAAUAUAUGAAAUUCACACAUUCUGUACUUUCAGAAACUGCAUCAUUGAGGAUUUAUCCAGUAAAAUGUGAAAACAAAAUCAAUUCUUGUCAGCGAGUAUGGGUAGUGAAGGUUUCUGCACUUAUUCAAAGUGCCAGCUUGAAAAGUUACGAUACAAAUAUAGUACACUUUAUCUUCAAUUAAAAUGCGCUUAUCCAUAAGACAGAUUUCCAAGAAAAAAGUUGAUAGAAAGCUAGUGUGUUCGCCAAUACUAGUGUGGCUUGUAUUGUUUCGUUUCUCCGGAGCAAGGUUUUUUUUGACACAUUAUUAGUUACUUUUAGAUCUCAAUAAUUUUUCAGUAAUCGAGAACAAAGUAUAAUUUCGCAAAAGAACAGUGUUCAGAGUUUCUGACGUGAUCCGUUUUCUAAUUUGUUUGCAUGUUCUGUCACCGUUAUAGACACUCUGAGGAAAAAAAGUAAUAACAAAAUGUCAAUCGUAGUAGGUUGGGCUUUUUAUUAAAAAAAAAGCAAAACAUUUUUCGAUUUCACUGGUAGUUAUGACGUUGUUGUGAAAAAAUAGCCUUAGCAACUAUCAAUCUGUCAAACUUUAUGUCGUUUUCGCUUGAGAAAACUGAAGCUGACCCAGGGUAGUUUCACCAAAGAAACACUUUUCACGAAACUGUGUUGGGUUCGCACCUAACAAUGGGGGUUUGUGCAAACCUGACACAAAAAACACCAGGUUUGAAACUGAUUCGAUUUUCAGUUCAACAACGUUGAAACUAGGCUCAAACAAACGGUUUGACAGCAGUAGAAACUGGCUUAGGUUUUGCAUCAAGCGAAAACGAAAUUUGAGGGUGCCGAAUUGCAAAAAUUUAAAAUUCGUAAAACUCACAAGUUAAGGUUCGUUUUUUUUUCUGAUUAUGGAGAAAUUGAAAACCAUGCAUCACAUCAGUAGGGCAGUCGCGUACCGGUUCAUGAUCAGAAAGCCUAUUUUUUAAUAAAAUUCGUAUUAGAUGACAACGAUAUGCAUUCGGACGAAUCAACUAGAAGAAGCUUUGACUUCUGAUCUUAAAUCGAUUGUCAAUGUUUGUACUCGCCAAUAUGUACUAGACUUAGUAUAGCCGUUCAUCCCUAUUACUGAAAGUAAUAUCGGAAAAUACUCGUUCUUCAGUUGAAUUUUAUUUAUUGAUCAACAUUUUUUUUUCGCGAAUUUUCCUAAACUUUCCGCUUUGCCAAGAAAAAAAGCAACACUAGAGAAACUCCAAAUGUAAAACAGGAGAACGCUGUUAUGAAACAUAAUAAAACUGAUGUUCUAGUCUAUUGAUUGUUUUGAGCACUGCAACCAAAAUGGAGCACUGCUUCUGCUAUACGAAAGUAUUUUAAAUAUAGGAUCCUAACGUGUGUGAGAAAAACAGCAAAGGAAUAAAAAGCGUUAUUAGCCUACAUUGUUUAAUUAGAGCAACAUUUAGUGAAAAAGUACAAUGAAAAAUUUGUCCACAUAGAAGAAGAUCAGAGUUUAUCAUGAGUAGUCUAAAUUGUUUAACUAUAUAUAGCAGAGAAAUAAUAGCUAAAAAUUUUAUUUGCGUUUCCGAAGCACGCCAUUUGCCAGAGCAGAGCUGAGAGCAUAGAUAGAUAAUUUGGAACGACGCUUCCAUUUGGAGAAAGGAUCAUUCAUGAAAGUUAAGAUAUAUAUUCAUAAAGUUUUAACAAUGCAACUUGUAACCGCUAUCAAACAAUCACUCUGUUUGCUUGAUAAGACGCUUGCCAUUCGAAAGCUGAGCAAAAUAACUAACCUUAAAAACCAUUCUCGUUGCCAUAUUAUCCACUAAAAGUACAAUGCACAUUGCAUGUUUUAGUUUAGUUUGUAGGUAAUAUUCUUAAAUGUGAUUUUAGCGUUUUGUUUAUGUGUUGGUUGAGAAGAUAGUAUAUGAGACGAAGGAACAGUACGGAGAAUAAUAACGCAUAAGUUGACUGAGUGCCACUGGUAUCAAUGGUGGUAGUUUUAUCGACAGAUCAUUACUGUGAAUUGCCCAUACAAAUAUAUACAUAUGAUUAAUAAAUGAAAGAAUGUAUCACAAUGUA